AUGGGAUAUGAUAAGGCGUCUUCCAAAGUUGAUGUCGUUGUCAGAUAUGUGGACCAGAAGUAUUACCAGGCUACCAUCGCCGACAAAUCUUCAGGCGAGGACAUCUGCGUAGAACCCCAAAAGUCAAAGACCGUCGAAGCUGCUUUGGAAGGCCUGCUCGCUCACACUUGCUCUCAUCUUGGAAACCCUCCCAACUUGAUCGGUGCUGGUGCUACACAAAAGGAUAGUCCGCUUCUCAAGCGCGGUCGUGGAAGACCUAAGAGCGUUCUCCCUUCUGCCAUCUCAUCUGCCGUCAAGCCCAAGGCAAAGAGAGCUGCUCCCGCUGCAAGUACCAUGGUGGCUGAUGUUACUCCCGGAGCCAAACGUGGUGUUGGAAGACCCAAGAAGCAAGAUGCCGCUGCACCCGCAUCCAUUAGUCGUCCCAGAGGAAGACAACGCAAGAGUCCUACGGCACCCGUGUCCACUGGUCGUCCUGUCGGCAGACCGCGCAAGAAUCCUGUCGCAACUGCUCUCGCAACCGAGGUGACGGAGGAUGGUACCACCGCACUCAUCAAGCGCGGUAGAGGUAGACCCAAGAAGUCCGACUCCACUCCCGUAGCUGCGACUGCUCCAAAGCGUGAUGCAUCAGCCCUUGAGGACGACGAAGACGAAGAGCCCGCAGUCAGAAAAUCACGCAAGAUCACCACGGACGACGAUUUCCAGGAGCUUAUCGGUGCAUACGACCUCGGCGAUAUCGAAGAAGCAGGUCAGGCUGCUCCUUACACGCCCCAAGUAUGGUUUCCAACUUACGUUUCUAGAAUUGCUAGGGUUGUCUACCAGUGCAUUGCAGAUGGAGCUGAUGGAGGUCUGACCGAAGAUGAGAUUAUGGAGGACACAGGUCUCGCAUACAGCGACAUUAGUGCUGGUAUCUCACAAUUGAGUGAAAAGGGUGGCAUAGAGCCAGCUAUCGAGGAUUCCGCAAGAUGGGUAGUCAUUGACGAGUGGGAGGAUGAAGACGAGUGA